CCCCCUGAGGCUGCUUUACGAUGGCCUAUAUUUGGAGGAGGCGGAGGGGAUAUUUUGAGGCUCCCAACAUGUCAGAGGAUGUUUGUCGCCGCUCGCUGCGCCCGCUCUAAUCGCUUGCUUCCUCCCUGUCGGAUUCCAACCUGCUCCCACGUCAGGACACAUGCCCGCUUUGAGCUCCUGCUGCUGAACGUCUCCUUGAUGAUUCGUUCACCAUGAUUCUUUUGUCCAAUCGCAUUUUUUCGCCAAAGCUGCCAUUUUGUCCUCGCCAAAAGACAUGAUGUGGUCGACCUUCCUGGUGGCGGACGAGGAGGGCCGGGCUGUGGGCCCGGCCGCCACCCCCACAGUGGGAGCAGGGGCGCACGUGAGCGGCGGAGGGGGCGGGGCCCAGGGCAUGGGCGGCCUGGCGGGCCUGAUGAGCGGACGCACCACCUUUGGCGGGAACAAGCGGCGCCGGACGGGACACGCCAUGACCGAGGCGCAGGAAGGAAAGAUCAAGCUGGCGUUCUUCGUGGCCAUCGUGGGCGUCAUCCUGACCGUGCUCGGCGUGGGCACCGAGUUUUGGGCGGAGCUGGCCCCGCCCAAAAGUUUCUAUGGCAACCAGACGUGUCCGGCGGUGCACUUCGGCCUGUGGAAGUGUUGCACCAAGACGUUGUGGGUGGCCGAUAUCGACCCGGAGAGAGAGAGCUGCGGACCCGCCGAGCUGCCCGGAGAGUCCAACUGCACGUACUUCAAGUUCUUCACGACGGGCGAGAACGCCGUCAUGUUCCACAAGACCACACAAAAAAACCUGAACGUGGCGGCGGCCAUGUUGUCGGUGUUCAGCCUGGUGCUGAUGGUGAUGGGCUCCAUCUGCAUCAGCAUGGCGCUCAGCAAGGAAAUCGCCUUCUUCCUCAAGCCCGCGUCCGUCUGCUUCAUUCUGGCAGCAGUCGGUGUGGUCUCUCCUGGCCAGCGACCACGCGGUGCCGCUGCACCACAACUUCUCCUGGUCCGUGUCGUGCGUGGGCAUCGCCGGCGCCGUCUUGAUUGCGGGCGGCAUCCUCUUCCUGCUCCUGGCUCUGCCCUACAGCCCCUGGCGGAGGUGCCAAAACGGUGCCGGCUAGUGGCCGGGAGGCGCUAUGACGUUCGACGCCACGACUUUUGGGCGGACGUUAAGGACCGGAGACAUACGCAGAAAGCCGUUACCGCAUUUGAUUCUCAUUUGAAUUGUCCAUGUACUAGUAUCGUCAUUGUCCUCACUCGUAAGACAACUGGCCUACUAGUAAGACAUCUACAGUACAUAAGUUGACAAUUGCAUGCUAAUAGUACGACUAGUGCUCAGAGGUCAACUAGUGCACAGUUGUGCCUCAAUGUUAACAUGUACUGUAGAAAUUGGUCGAAAAUUCACUACUAUUAAUCAGCACUAAGAACAUACUAGUACAUGGACCUUGAACUGGUUAACAAGGAUAUGGGAUGAAUGCUGUAACGGUUUGCCGUAGACAAACAUGGACGCCACUUUGAGCGGCAAAUUGAACAGUACGCCAUCUUGGAUGUGGCAAAGUGGAGGGAUGACGUCUGAAAAUUCUUUUGCAACUGUUUUACGCUCAAAAGGCAGAUCUGAUGCGACUUUGGCUCACAGGUAAGCCUUACAAAUUGAUUGCAUUUGGCUAUUAGAAGAUCAUUUUGCCAAGAUGAAUUUGCUAUGUUUGCGGCUAAUAAUGUACUAGGAAGUCCAGUAUGUGCAUGAUACGACAGUACUGCGAAUCUUCGCUUUCUGAAGUCGAGUCCAUUGACUUGCAUUUGUUUAUGGGGCACAUAUGCCACAUCCAAUAUGGCCACCACCUCAAUGUCUGUUUGUCUACGGCCACGCCCCUCUACACAUCCAACAGGAAGUCUUAAAGCACACAUGGGAUCCACUAACACUCUUGCCUCGUUUCAGUUGUGAAUUCAUCGAUCCAAAUCUCUGAACGUGAUCAAAUCGGUCAAUAAUCGAGUGGCUUUUGCAAGUUGGUAAACUAGCCUAGCCGUUAGCAGAUGGUUUGUUUGCUAACGCGUGGCUUACAAUAUGAUCGCGAAAACACUAAUGAUAAGUCACUUGUGUGCUCAUAUAUAAAGUCUUAUAUAUUAUUUACGUACUAUUCUGUAUGUUGUAUGUAUGUCAUCAUUGAACACACACACACGAGCUGUCAAUCAAGUGUCACAUGUUCAGCAUUACCUUGAUGUAUAUGUAUAAUAAUGUGUAAGAACAUUAUAAAUAUGUAUAAGAGAA